AAAAUUCCCUUGUUUCUUCUUACAUUGUUAAUCUUCACUCUUUUCUACUACAAGUUUCUCCAAUUGCAUGCGAAAAAGUUUGAUUGUCUUAAUCUUCUUUGUAUCAUGGUUUGCUUUAUUCCAUAUAUGACUGACAGUUUCCUUUUCACCUUUUGGAGAAUGAAUAAUCGAUGAAACUCAGUUUGUUUUCAUCUACAAAGGUAAAAAAUCUAGUUAACCAUGUCAAGGCAACCUCAACUUCCACCUCGGUGCCCUAUCUCAAAGACAAAUUUCCCAAUUUAUGAUCCGAGCAAUCAGCCACGGCUCCAGAAAACUGUAUCAGAAAGUUUUGUUUUUGAAGAACAUCCCGACUGGCUAGACGAUCUGUUAGGUGAUUGUGAACCAGGUUUAAAACUUAAGUCUCAUCGUAGGGCAUCUAGUGAUUCUGGAACUGUUUUGGAUGGGCUUGUUGAGUUUGAAAAAGAUGAUAAAAUUGGAACUUCAUCAUCUUCUUCUUCUUCAUUGGAGUCUGGUUGCAUAUAUGGCCCUAACUCACCUAGGAGCAAGGACAAAGUAUCAUCCAUUCAAGAAACUGCUAUAGUUUCUGCUUUAUCAGAGUACGCCUCUCAUGCUCCUCUGCAACUUGAUUCAGUUGUACAACUACAAGAUUCAACUGAUGAACUUAAUAUGGAGGCUAAACCAUUUAAAAGGCACUCUGCUCAAAGGUCACGAGUCCGUAAACUCCUGUAUAUAGCAGAACUAGAAAGAACUGUUGAAAAAUUUCAGAAUAUCGUGUCAGAAUUGGGUAUUAGAGUUGAUUCUCUUGUAAAACAACAUGUCUAUUUGUCAGUGGAGAACAAGCAACUAAAACACAAGUUGUCCAGAGUACAACAAGAAAAAUUUCUCAUGGAACGCCAAUACCAGUCUAUGAGAAAUGAAAUUGAGGGAUUGAAACGUUAUGCCAAUAGCAGCAAGAUAAAAGCACAUUUUAGGUCAAAUUCUGCUGGUGAUUCUGAGAAAUUGCAUACUUGGCACAUGAUUGACAUGGGCAAGCUUCAAAUUAACUGAAACAUUUUUUACUUUGUGUCACUUUUGAUGUUGAACAUUAGACUUCAAAUCCGUUCCAAGUUAAAAAGUUCCAAAACUUUUAUUCAA